UCCUGGCAUGACAAUAGAGAGGGAAAGGCUCUUGCACCAUUUGGUUCUUAUUGCCGCCAGAGAGGAACAAGUAGUCGCUCCUCCAUUUUUCUAUUCUGGAAUUCUCUCCCGUCUCCCCUCACAGCGGCAUUUCUUCGGAUUCCUUUAAGUUUCGAGGCGUUUUCGUAAUCUCUUUUUGAAUUCUUUCUGUAUCUUCCUCUAUUCUGCUUCCUUCUAUCAACGCCUGUCAAAUACCCUUCGAAUUGCGCCUGUGACUGUUGCAGAGUGCCUUGUGUUAGUGCUCUUAGUGUGUUGGUCUUUGACUUUGCCAAAAGGUUGUUGCAGGUGAUUCAGUCCUUUUCAUCUGUAAUCAUGACUUUGUUAGAAGUAAUUAAGGAUGCUUCAAUCAAUUCAAAAUCGCUUGAUUCACCUUUGGACUACCCAAUUGUUCUGAACCCAGAUAGUAUCUUACCCACUUUAAAGGCCGAAGUUAAAGAUGAAUCUACUUCAUCACUCGUAAGGCCCCUUAUUGGGUGGCAUAUUGCACCAAAGGAUGCUGAGAUCGUUGACAUUAACAAAAAGUUCUUUACAGAGCUGAAUGCUAAGGUCAAGAACACUAAUAAUUUUGAUAAGGGUGAGUUUAUUAGUAGUUUGAAUUCUUAUCUGGAAAACAUCAGGGACAAAGCAGGGGUUGUGAUUGAGGUUGAUUCAUCCCGGAGUGAGUAUAACAAGACUUUGAUCGAUAAGCUUGGAGUAUACAUGGGUAAAGAUGUUGCUAGCCUGGUAUUGAAUGGGUGUGUUUCUUUGGAGAUGUGGGAAGUGGUCGAGGCUUUGAUUGUUAAUGCUAUUAUUGACCAUUCUUGCUAUUCAAACCUGAUCACCAAAUUAGUGGAAAAAAAGCGGUCUGAUUUGAUCUGUUUGUGCAUAAAGCAUGCUUUCGAUCUUGGUUCAUCAGAAAUACUCACCAUUUUGAGGUAUUUUCUUUCUCCAUCCAAAGAUGCUUAUAACAGUAUGCUAAGUGUGAAGAUUGAGUGGGAGAGGCAAGCAGUGUUAGCCAUUCAGAUUUUAAAUGAUAGCAAGCCGAAGAGGAAGAAAUUGCUUUUGGCAAAGGAGGCUUCCAUUUUGCUUAUGAUGGCCUAUGAUGGUUUCUCAGCGUCUGAGACUUGUUUGCAUUAUCUGAUUGCAUCAUCCAACAUCAAUGACGUGAUGCUAUCCCCUUCAUUAAGUAAGUUGAAUGGGAAAGAAUUACUAAAUUUGAUUCGUUAUUUAGGCAAGUGGUUGAAGAAAUACGAGAGGUUUCCUCAAGCAGGACCAUGUCCAAGAGCAUCAUCAGUUUUGCGUUUGGAGGCUUGCGAUUGGGUUCCUAAACUUGAAGAUGUUAUAAAAUGUCUUGGCUUACUGCUAGAUGAGAAAUUUUCUUCAUUGGUGUUACAUCCACUGUUUCACGAGGAGUUGAGAUCAAUUGAAGGAGUGGUUAGUUGUUUAACUGCUGAAGCCAAAUUUUGUCACUUAACGGCUGAUGUAGUUGGCAAACUAACGAUCGAAGCUAAAAAUUUGUAAGCCUCUUGAGCGAGAUUAAUCUGAUUUGUUUUUUCGCUUCUUUGCAAAUGAUGUAGUCGUACAUGAACAAUGGUCAAUGGGCACAGAUUUUUAUUUCUGUAUUGUCUUUCUCAAAAUUCGCCGAUAGAGACCGUAACACUACCCUCGUCCAAUUCAGGGUGUGUAUUUUUGUGGUUAAGGAUCAUAAUUGCCAUUCUUUUAGAGA